AUGACGACGCACGAGGGUGUUGUACUGAUCAUCGGAGCUGGUCCUAACGUUGGAGCCUCCGUCGCCGCCAAAUUCUCAGAAAACGGUUACCGCGUGGCUUUGGCCGCACGCAGUCUGACAGACGGUCUUUCGGCCGAUGGAAACCUCCAUAUCAAGGCAGAUCUAUCCCAGCCAAGCGGAGUUCCAUCAAUCUUCCAGAAAGUGAAAAAGGCCUUUGGUAUCCCCAAUGUGGUUGUGUAUAAUGGGGCCUACCGUCUGACCACUCCUCCCGACGACCCUUUUGCCGCACCCGUUGAAGAUUUCCAUCACACGCUCAAGGUUGGCCUAGACAGUGCUUAUAUCGCUGCCCAGGAAUCUCUUCGGGGCUUCAAGGAGCUCCCCGCUUCAACCUCGAAGGCAUUCAUCUAUACCGGAAAUGCUUUGAAUCAGAUCGCAAUUCCCGGCACUCUGCCAUUCGGGGUGAGUAAAGUGGCAGGUUCACUAUUCAUCGAACAUGCCGCUUUGGCAUACGGAGAGAAAGGCUACAGAUUCUACUACGUGGAUGAGCGUCUGCCGGACGGUCGACCGGUUGGCUUCCCAGUUAGUGCCGGUGCCCAUGCAGACAUGUUUUGGACACUGGCGAAUGAGCCCAAGCAGACCCCUUGGCUCGUGACGUUCACCAAGGAAGAAGGAAGGAAGCCAUUUGUCGGUGUCGACUUUGAUGGCAACACUCGGGAAUCCCGUAUGAGGAGGCUUAGCCAGUGA